AUGUCUUCAACGUCGAAUACACCGGCUCCCACGGCCUCAAUGGACAUCGAUGAUAUGGAUGUCGACUCAGGCGUCAAGCCCUCCACAGCCAUUAAUCCCACCACGAUAGACGACGACGACGAUGACCCCGUCACCGCAACAUACAACGUCUUUAUCAACCCGUCUCUACCUUUAGGCCGCCGUCUUCUUGUUCUCCAACAUCCAAACCGAACCGAUGACUCUCAACGACCUCCGCCAACCGAAUUGCGCGUGAAGGCUCAAGCUGGUAUGGUUGAAGUCGAUGUACCUCUCGACAACACAGUCGCUUAUGACCGCGAGAAGGGUCAAAAAUGGGGAAAGACAUUGCAUGCUUCUAUGGCGACAAAGAACGGCGGCAGCCAUGGCUUGGCUGGUGGUUUUGGCUUCGGUACGGUCCAGGCUCGAGGUGGCAGGAAAAAGGCCGAGGAUGAACAGGAGAACAUGGAUUGGACAGAAGCCGUUAGGCAAGAUAAAGUGCUUCGGACACAGACCCUUGGUGGACAGUAUCCUGAGUAUAAGGAGGUUCAGCAUAUGGUUGGUGUCUUUCAAGGCAAGGACUUGCAUCUCACACCUGUAUCAUCACUUGUCCAUCUACGCCCACAACUUCACCACAUCGACGCAACUGUCCAACAAGCACGCCAAGACGCCGCUACCAAGGAGUCGGCGCCCAGCACAGCAACCGGCACUGCUCGCGCAAUUCACAUGACUGUCAAGGCUACUGGCGAUGGGGAUACGGUUACCACCGAAACCAUGGCUGAUCGUCUACGAGCUGUGCAGACAGAGCAUUGGCGAACUAUGCACUACACAGAUGAGAAUGAGGAGGCUGCCUGGGAGGUUUAUAACGAAAGCCUUUUCCUGCGGCCCGCUCAAGAGGAGGCCGCGGAAGAAGCAGAGAAAGCCGAUGAUGCGGAGGAAAAUGAGCCACCCCUUGAGGAAUCUGUGCCAAAGUUCGCUCGUCGAUGGGAUGACGAUGAGCUUCUUGAGGCUGUUAGUGGUAUCAAGAAGCCACAACCCGCGCCAGAACCUGUUAAAGAAGAUCCCAAGCCAAUUGCUCCCGCCAAACAGCCAGACCAACCUGCGCCAGGGGCGGACGAGGCACGAAAGCCCAAGCUUCGACCACGAGGUGGAGCGGCGGGGACCGUUCCUCGACGGGGAGGCAGACCUCGAGCUACAGCUUCAAAAACAGCCAACGUUGAUGGAUGA